AUCUCUGAGGAAAAUGGGAGGGUCUCAAUCAGUCUGUGAGUUUUCCGACGAGAGAUCCCGCUAUGUAAAACAUUCCCUAAAGAGAGCGGAGAGAGGCUUCGGGGAUGGCAUUGAUUGUGUUGCAGCUGAAGGAAGACCAGACGUCAACAUUAACCCUGCAGCAGAGGAGUAUCCAUUUGAAAAUGUUGUUUUUGAAGGCGGAGGGGUUAAAACUAUGUCGUAUAUGGGGGUUAUCAAGGCGUUGGAUGACGCAAACAUUUUGAUGCAACUUGAAAGAUUUGCUGGAGUAAGCGCGGGCUCUUUUGUUGCAAUGCUUUUAGCCUUGGAAUGUUCCGUAGAAGAAAUGGAAAAGAUGAUUCGGAGAGAUCCAACCUUUCAUUAUGAGUCCCCUCGAUGCUGCAUGCCCUGUAAUAUUCUGUCGCAGUAUGGAUGGCAGCCUUUUGAAAAUGAAUACAACUUUUACGGAAAAAUUAUUGAAGAAAAAUUGGGGGACAAGGACGCUACAUUCUUAGACUUGUUUAUGAAGAAAAAGAAAGAACUCUGCGUUGUCAUUACCAAUAUCAGCAACAAGGAGGAGGAAUAUAUGCAUGUAAAAACAACACCAAACGUUCCUAUCAGAGAUGCCGUGCGUAUGUCGAAUAGCUACCCAGGAUUUUUUAAACCUGUGAUUUACAAACAAAACGGAGUGGAGAGCUACAUGGCUGACGGUGGCAUUAUAUCCAAUUAUCCACUUCACUGCUAUGAUGGGUGGUGGUUGUCGAUGGAAAAAGAAGACACUUUUUUCAACAAGUUGCAAGAAUUCUUUGAUACUCCCUUUGUCGGAAAAACGGACAGAUUCAGAUUACGAGACGAAGAUAGAAACAAAACAUUAGGAUUUGUAGUGUUUAGUGAUUCUGAUGAUGAUGUGUUGAAGUCAUUUUUCGGACACGAUCCGGGAUACGAAGCAGUCAAAUAUCCGGAUACUCCAGAGGGCAAGAAAGCACAGAAAAACCAACAGUUGAAGAAUGAAGAAAUGUGUGUAAAAGAAGCUUUCAGACGGUUGAUACAAGCUAUGAGGAAGAGAAAUGUAAAUGAAAACGAGGCUAUACCAAUACCGACAUUAAGUGAAAUCCUAAACGACGAAAAGUUUACAAAAGUACAUAGGGAGACGUUAUUUGGAAAAGGCGUGUUGGUUGAAGAUAUUUUAAAAAGAUUUGAUACCCAUAACAGCGGCUGGACUAACGAGAAGUUUGUUAAGUUCUUAGAAGGGAUAGGGUAUGAUAUACUUCAUGGAAAGUUUCUAGGCAAGGCAAACGACAUAGACGGAGUGUUAUCAUUUGGUUCCUCUGUACUUGGGACCAUGAGUAGAACGAUCGACAGAGUCUACUUAAAGAAAGGAGAUCUUGACAGGACUGUGGGAAUAAAUACAAAGCAUAUAGAAACAUUCUCAAUGGAUAUCGAAGAAGAAGACAAAGAUUUCAUUAUUCAGAGAGGGUAUGAUACAACCAUGGACUUUUUAAAGAAGUACGCCAAAGAAAGAAAGGGAUAUGGAAUUCCAUCAGCAUCAGCGUCAGACGGCAGGAUAAGUUUAUAUCCCCAGGAGGAGGAUCUGCGUGACAUCACGUACGCUAGAGUGGGAGAACUCAAAAAGACCGUUUAAAUUGUUAGUCCAAUUGACCACAAAUUAAUUACAAUCCUCAUUACUGUCGCUUAGAAUAGAAAUAAAAUGAAUUAAUAAAAUAUAUUAAGGAAUACUUUCGUGUUUAAAAAUCUUGUCAAAUAAACUUGAAUGAAUACAGUUACUUUUAAAGAGAAACAUUACUUUUGAAUUAGUACAAAAAUUUGUGAAUAAUCUAAUUUUCUUUUUUUUUUUUGCAUGCUUAUCAAUCUCCUUAAUAUUGAAAUAAUGAAUUGAUUUUCAUGACCAUUUUUG